ACACACACACACACACACACACACACGCGCUUCUUUCGUAUCUUCACUGUGUGGAAGAAAUCAAGCAUACAAAAAAAGGGAGUUGCUUGAUGUUUUUACUGAAAUGGACGUGAGAUUUUAUCCAGCACCACAGUCAGCUACAUCAGCGUCAGACCAUCCCUGCCUGGGACCCUCGCACUGCCUGGACCCUUACUAUUGCAAUAAGAUUGACGGUGAAAACAUGUACAUGAGCAUGACAGAGCCGAGCCAGGACUUUGUGCCAGCGAGCCAGUUCCGUGUGCCUGACAGUCCCACCCAGCUGCAACAAAAUACGAAACAAACAGGAGCACACUGGAAAAGAGAUGUGGCACCACAGUUGGACUAUCCUCGACUAUCCUGGUCUUACCCUGUUCCUAGUCUUGGGGAUGAAGACUUCAAUAUUCCUCCAAUCACACCUCCUACACAUCCUGAACAGGCACUUGUUCAUAUGCCAGAGACUGAGUCUGGGGGAUAUCACUCUCUCUGCUCUCCAAUUUCUCACAGUGGACUGCUUCCAUUCCACCCUCAGAACAUGGACCUCCCCGCCAUCACUGUGUCCAACAUGCUGAGCCAAGAUGGAGCUCUGCUGUCAAACCCGUUGUCUGUGAUGCAGGACAUGGCAAACACAGAAACUUCCCAGUAUAAUGCUCAUCCACAGAUGGAAGCUUUGAGACCCAGGGUCCAGUCAGUGAUGAUGCAGCAUGGUCAGCUGACCACCAUCAACCAAUCACAACUCAGUGCACAGCUGGGGCUUAAUAUGGGGGGGAACAAUGUCCCCCACAGCUCCCCAUCUCCUCCAGGAAGCAAAUCUGCAACACCAUCUCCUUCAAGCUCAGUCCACGAAGAUGAAACAGAUGAAACCUCAAAGAUGAAUGGGGCAGAGAAAAGGCCUGCCACAGACAUCGGAAAGAAACCAAAAACUCCAAAGAAGAAGAAAAAGAAAGACCCCAAUGAACCACAGAAGCCUGUGUCUGCCUACGCCCUUUUCUUCCGGGACACUCAAGCGGCCAUCAAGGGGCAAAACGCAAAUGCCACAUUUGGUGAAGUUUCCAAAAUUGUGGCAUCAAUGUGGGAUGGCUUGGGUGAAGAACAGAAACAGUUAUUCAAAAAGAAAACAGAAGCUGCCAAAAAGGAAUAUCUCAAACAGUUGGCAGCCUACAGGGCAAGUCUGGUUUCAAAGAGUUACUGUGAGCCCAUUGAUGUCAAAAUAUCCCAACCGUCACAGAUGAUGACCUCAGAGCAACAGGUUUUCCGCGGGCCAACGCAAACUCAUUCAGGAUUGUAUAUGGGCUCUCCAUAUCACCAGCAACACGGGAUGAACCCCCACAUGAACAUCAUGCACCCCAACCUGCCCCGGAAUAUCGCCCCCAAGCCUAAUUCUCAGAUGCCAAUGACUGUUUCCAUGCCUGUGUCACCACCUCCCCACCUUCAGAUAAGCCCACCUUUGCACCAGCAUCUCAGCCUCCAGCAACACCAGUCAAUCACAAUGCAACAGCAAUUAGGAAAUCACCACUUACCACGCCAUUCACCAACAAUGCAACAGGGGUUUUCUCUUCAACCAGAAUACCAGAACAUAAUUAACUCAGCAACCACCGCUGGCCAGGGUGUAUCCCCAUCAAUGGAUUAUGUUCGCUCAGGGUGCGGAAAUCCCCCAGCACAGAACGUGGAAUGGAACAAUGAGUACUGUAGUAAUGGUGGUCUGCACCGGGAUAAAGUUCUGUAUCUCACCUGAACACCACUUUCCUAUACAGAGUUCACAGGAAAGCCUUCAGAAGCUGGGUUGCAUUCAGCAGGUCGAGGAAGUUCAACGCCUCAGUAGAAAACAAGUUUUUAAGCUCUAGAACCUCAAAUUGUGUAUUUGAGCUUCUGAGGCUACCCACAAUGAAAACAAAAACCUUAUUCUGUCUUGCUUAAAAAAAAAAAAAAAUGAUAAUAGACAUUUUUUUCUUCAAUUCUGAAAAAAACUUGGACAACUUGGCUUUUAUGUUGUUUUUUGCUGUGGAGUGCUGCGCUAGUGAACUACCUUAGAAACUGUAGUGUACUGUAUCUAGGAAUGAAAUCCUAGAUUUCUGUGGGUCUUUAACAUGGGUGUUAAUAGGAAACUACUAAAGACUUUUAAUGGCUUGAUGUAGCACUCACAGCAAGUCUGUAAAUAAAAUCUAUGUUACACUCUCUUAGAGUACAAAAAAGUACAACUCUUUUUUUAGAUGAAAUGUAAUUUGGAACUGGGUAUUUCCUGUUAAUUGAGGGCUUAAAAAGGAAUACAAAUUGGCAGAUAUUAAUAUUUUUUGCUCAAUUUUUAAGGGAAGAAAAGGUCUAUAAAUAGGUCUGUAUUUGGCAUUGUAGAAAAUGUUCCCAAUCAAUUUUAAAAUGCAAGUUUGCAUUGUUAGAGUAACAUGAAAUAUCUGGAAGUGUUUUAAAAAUAAAACAACAACAACCACAAAAAAGUUUUAUUUUGUAAUUCAUAGAAAUGUUUUGGGUUUUUUUUUGUAUUACUUAUAGUGUAUUGAUUGGUAAAUGUCAUUUAAAUCCUUCGUGUAUAAAACUGCCAAAUGCUUAUCUGGUGUUUAUUAGAUGCAGUGACAGACUGGAGACAGCUAAAUAAUAAUCUUGAAAUACAGCUGUGCAUUACUGUUUCUUACUGUGUCUAUAUUUAAUCUUUUUAUUUUAUUUUUUUUAAUGGAACCUGUUGCGCCUAUUUAUGAAAUAAUAAAUAUAGGUGUUUGUAAGUAACUAUGUUAGCAUUUAAGGAUGUUUCUGUUGAUUUCUUGCAGAACUGAUCCAGACAAAAAAAAAAAAACUGUGUGAAUACUUUAUUCUUAUUUAGUUUCUAUUGUGUUUUAAAAAAAAAUAAAAUAAAGCCAAACCUGCAUUUCUUAUGCAGA